AUGGCAUCAGCAUCACGCAGGGGAAGAAAUACUGGGGCUUAUUUCCACCAGUUCUGUGCUGAGGCCGGAGCAACAGGAGCAGUAGAUGCAGUAGGGGCAGCAUCUAGGAGGCGUCGUAAGAGAGCUGCAGCUCAGCAGGUGCAGGUGCCUGAUGAGGUACCAGUCCAGCACGCGGAGCCCUUCCCGAUGAGGGACAUGUACAUCCCAAUGAUGGAAGCGAGGAUGGAGGCCCUUCAUAGAGGGCAGUUUCACCAUGUCUAUGGNGGAAUUGUUCUCCCUGAAUCACAAGAGAAGGUUGUUGCAAUAAAAAAGGGUGAUGCUUUGGCACUCCCUUUUGGUGUAGUGACAUGGUGGUAUAACAANGAGGAUACCGAGUUGGUNGUUCUGUUCCUGGGUGAAACAUCAAAAGCCCACAAGACUGGUGAAUUCACUGAUUUUUUUCUGACUGGUGCCAAUGGAAUCUUCACUGGAUUUUCAACUGAGUUUGUGGGGAGGGCUUGGGACUUGGAAGAAAAGGAUGUGAANGCCCUUGUUGGGAAUCAAUCAGGUAAGGGUAUUGUGAAGGUUGAAGGAAAUAUCNAGCUUCCUGAGCCUCAAGAGGANCAUAGGAAGGGCAUGGCAUUGAACUGUGAAGAGGCUCCAUUGGAUGUUGACAUCAAGAAUGGUGGAAGGGUUGUGGUGUUGAACACCAAGAACCUUCCCUUGGUUGGUGAGGUUGGUCUGGGAGCAGACCUUGUGAGGUUGGAUGGAAACGCCAUGUGUUCUCCAGGAUUCUCUUGUGAUUCUGCAUAUCAGGUUACAUACAUUGUGAGGGGAAGUGGCCGUGCUCAGGUUGUUGGUGUGGAUGGUCGUAGGGUUUUGGAAACAACUGUGAAAGCUGGAAAUUUGUUCAUUGUCCCAAGGUUUUUUGUUGUGUCCAAGAUUGCUGACUCUGAUGGCCUCGAGUGGUUCUCUAUCAUCACUACCCCCAAUCCUGUAUUUACUCACCUGGCUGGAAGUAUUGGGGCAUGGAAGGCUCUUUCACCAUCAGUUCUGCAGGCAGCUUUCAAUGUCGAUGAAGAACUUGAGAAACACUUUCGUUCAAAGAGGAAUGCAGAUGCCAUUUUCUUCCCUCCUCCAAAUUGAAGUGGCACAAAAUUAGCAUUAUGUUAUAGUUAUAUGUAUUUAUAUGGUUGAAACUGUUUGAAUUAGUUUUAGCUUUUUAGUGGACUAGCAGAUGCCAUUUUACCUUUAUUGAAUAACGUUUUACCUUUCUUUUUUACCUUUGGUGUCGGGUGUGCUUAGUAUAAGAUACAUGUUUGGUGAAUAUUAUGAAGUGAUACGAAAUGAUAAGAUUGUUUAGAUAUUAUUAAUAAA